AUUUGUAUGCAACUGAUUACAGACAGCAGCUUAACUUUAUAAAAGCUGAACAAUAUGUCUUAAGUCAUGAAAAUAUCUUCAUCAACAUCAAUAAAUAAAAAACAUAAUGCUUGUAACUAAGUAAAUAUAUUGUGUGCUGUCCGAGAUAUUAUAUUGGUAAAUAUUCUUUAAAAGCCUUUUAUGUUACUAUACCAUCUACUAUCAAUGUUUAACUAUUUGUUAAGAAUCACCAAAAUCAAGACUUAGGAUUAAAAUUUACAUGCAAUAUUUGUUGCCGAAAAUGCUUUGGAUGGAAAACAAUUAAGACUGGACUUAUUUGGGUCUUUUGAGUAUUGAUUAUUUAGGAAAUAAAGUAGUUUGAUUUUAAACAUAAAGACUUAAAAGCUUUUGGUUUUGAAUAAGAAAAAUGCAUUGAAUUGAAAAGGAAGAGUAUGUAUUGAAGUUGUUAAAAAUCAACAAUUUAAAUAUAGUAUACAGUAAAAAUAAAGACAUAAUAGACUUUACUAGAUGUAAAUAGUAGAUAGUACUAUUUAGAGUAACAGAAUCGUUUAUCUUACCAAAAAAAUAUUCUGAAUAACUUUUACCUCACACUUACAAUUUGUACAAACAUAUGUUUGUCAAAUAGUCAAUUUCCGCAAUGCUUUCAUGUUCAAUCAAUGCAGAAAAUAAAGUAGAGUACUACCCGCUAGGGGCGAUAAACGUAUUCCUAAUAGCUUUGCUUAUCCACGGAAAAGCGGAACGGCGCAUUCGAAAAAUGGGAAUUGGGAACGAUAGUUUCCUCUCCGUUGCGGGAGGGUACGCACGCUUUGUCGUGUCAUUUCCCGCCAAAAUGAUCGCGAGAGUUAGAGCAUUCCUGCUGAUAAUAGUUUCCGUCCACGCCGCGAAAAACUUUGAUUCAAGAAACGUCGUUUUCACAAUAAUCGGCCAGUCUGAGCCGUAUCACUCCAGCGUCGCUAGCCGGCUCAAAUUGGACAUAGAGAAUCAGGUCAAUGAAUUGGAAGGCCGAGAAGCAAUUACACACAUAACACACGAAGACUUCUCAGUUCCCGGUGCAUGGACAGUGAUUCCCCUCUUUCGGCCUCUGUUCACAAAGUACAAGGGUAGCGAUGUACGAUGGGUCCUAUUUUUGGAGCCUCACACAGCUGUGCGUUGUGGAAAACUAUUCGAGGCUCUGGCUGCAGCUGAUAAACAGAAGGAUGUAAUGUGGGUGGGAUACCCGUUAAGUGACGAUGAACCGACAAUUAUUCACCACUUUACGCACUUUGAGGAAUUGGAAGACGUUGGUGGUUUUCUAUAUCCCAACUUCGCCAGCGGUUUCGCUAUGAAGAUGGGAUUAUUAGAAAGUGUUUUAGAUAAAAUGGAGAGUGGCACAGUAGAAAUCGAUGCUGACUUCGCAAUAGACCCUGCGUUCGAACUGGCCCGUCUGAUUUAUGGAAGUCGGGAAAGCCCCGGGCCACUGCUCACCCGAGAUUUGAGUUUCUGUGUCGUCUCUAUGGACAAUUGUGCUACGUAUCCAAGGCAGUUUGAUACAUGUGGCAGUGUGGUUGAAGACUCUAUAUUCUUCGCGGUUAAGACGUGGAGCGCGUUUCACUCGACACGCGCGCGCGCACUCAAGAAGACAUGGGGGAGACAUGUUACGCACUUGCAUUUUUUCAGCGAUCAGAAUGAUCCAAGUUUGCCAGCGACGAACAUAGGUCUCCCGAACUCAAAAACGGGACAUUGUAUGAAGACAAUUGCGAUUUUAAAGGAAGUCGUGAGACGUGUGCAGACCAUGCCGCAAAUUAAAUGGAUUUUCUUGGCUGAUGAUGAUACUAUACUUGGGGUCCAGAGAUUAAGUGAGGUCCUGAGUUGUUACCGAGGUGGUGGUGACGUCACGGUACUUGGGGAACGAUACGGAUACGGUUAUGGGAAGAAAGACGCAAUUCACAAAGGCUACGAUUACAUAACGGGCGGUGGCGGUACUGCUCUAAGCGUUGGCGCAGCUAAGCUUUUAUCUCAAUGCGCGUGCGCAUCCCUAAGCGCACCAGACGAUAUGACGCUCGGCGCCUGUGCAACACAUCGCUUACAUGUGCCCCUCACACAUUCACCGCUUUUCCAUCAGGCUCGCCCCCAAGAUUACCCGCGAGAAGUGCUUGCUCGUGACCGUCCUAUAUCAUUCCACCGGCAUUCAACCCCCGACCCUUUAAAAGUAUAUGCAACAUGGUUCCAGCACGACGAUCUCGCACUGCGCAUACGAGACGAACUAUAAGUUCUAUCCAGUUACAAAAAUUCUACCUUGUACAAAAUCGUUAUUAAAGUCAAUUGUUCAUUGUAUUAAAAUUUGUUUAAUUCCAUCAUAAUUCGCUAAAUUAAAAUACAUAUUUAUCUGUUCAUAUUUAUAUUUCCAGUCUCAAACAUUUAAAAGUGUUUUAAGUAAACGGAAACGUUUAUAUUUAUGGUAUUUUUUUUAUAAUAGCAGUGUUGGCUUCAGCGUGCGACUCAUCCCUGAGGUCGUAGGUUGAAUCCCUAGCUGUGCACGAAUGGACUUUCUAUGUGCGCAUUUAACAUUCGUUCGAACGGUGAAGGAAAACAUCGUAAGGAAACCGGCUU